UUUUUGUAUAUUAAUAGUUCAGUAAUAAUUAUGAAGAACAACUUGCCUCUUCUUACUCAGUAUUUUGAUUUAACAUUUUUACAGUGUCAGGCUAUGGAACUGCUUAGAACACUGAUUUCUGGUUUAAAUUACUUCCCUGCUGCUGCAGGAGUAUUUAGGAAGGUUUCUGUUGUGUUACCUAAACCAUAAGUGUUCUCUAUUGUAAAAAUCAUCUUGUUACUGAAAGUGCUCCAAAUAAGGAAAAACAGUUGGAUACCUCGUGUUUUAUGGCUGGAUAUUGCUGAAUACAGGCUUUAUGUACUUGUAAACCAGCUGCAUCUAUCUUGAGUCCAAAUGGUAUUGUGGUCCUCUGUUCAUAGCCAGUGAGAAGAACUAAAUACUGAAUGCUGCUAUUUAACUUCAAUAGUAAGUACUAAUAGAAAUUAUUUUAUGGUCAAUAAUAACCUAAGUACCUCAUUUAGAAGUAACUUUAUACUAAUUACAGAUACUGCUGUAGGCAAAUGAAGGUUUGUGAUUUUUAUCAAUUUUGAUAUCAACUAGCAGGGUUCUUGCUAUACCAGCAGGUCUGGUUGACAGCAGCCUCUGUGCACAGUAUUCCAUGUGCUAACACAGUGUUAGUGUGUGAGCCAAAUGAUCAUCCUGGUGUAAAAUUGCAUUUGAUUAGACAGGUCAGUUUCAGUCAAGGACUACAGUCUUUGACUGAAACCUUGUAUGAAAAUUCAAAUAAAAGGUAUUUAGUGCUUGUAACAAUCACAGAGGAUGACAGAAGACCUAUCCUGUUAAUUUCCUCAGUUGCCCCUGUGUGUGUAUGUUCUCCCCCAUCUGUGUUCCCUUGAGUCCCUGUUAGGUGCCACCAGCCUGGGCUACUGCAGCCCACGUAAAUCUCCUUGGACUGCCAUUCACUUUCACAUAGCAUCUUCUUUGAAGCCCACAUGAUACAUCCCUCACUCUAACGUAGAGUAAGUUUGCUUCAGCUACAAGGUGCUUAGCUUGAGCUCUUCUGUCAGUUUUUAUUUUCCAUUGUGUUUCUCUCACUAUGUAUUUGGACCAAGAUUAUUGAUUUAGUAGAUAGGUGCUGUUGCUGAUAUAUUGAUUCACUUGCAGUGCCAGCAGGCGUUGUUGGUUGAAGGAUCUCCCUUCUUUUUCUUGCACAAGUGGCAAGGGAACGUGUAAUGCAUUCCUCACUUCAUUCCGGAGUUGUUUCAAUUUCUCAGUGUAUGAAACUGUUACUACACUGCUUGCUGUUUCUUCUUUCAAAGUUGCUGGACAGCUGCAGUAUCUGGCUUUUUAAAAAGAUCAGGUUGAAUUUUGGAGGGAGAUUUGAGCAGCACGGUGAAAGUGCCAGAAGAGUUUCCUGUGAUGUAAUCAGAAUUCUGCAUCAAGAAGUUUUUCUGGUUUCCCUUUGGUUAGCAACUGUCUUAGUAGAUUUUCUACUCCACAAUCAAUGGGUUCAGUUGUAGAAAAGAAAAAGCCCAGCCCAACAUCCCUACAGCUUGAAUUGAACUGAAACAAAUACUCUGAAGAUGGCUAUGAAUAAUUCAGAUUCCUCUGUUGUAAGGUAGAUGAAUCAAUCAUUAAAUUUUUUAUACUACAUGUAGGAGGAGUAUAAAGUGAAGUAUGUGAAUAAGGGAGGGUAAAGGCCACAAUAGAAGUUAAAAUUUAGAAUUUAAGAAAUAUCCUACUUUAUGUAUUUAUUACUUAAUUACCAGCUUUUCAGCAGGUAAAGGACAAUAUAAUGUUUUCUUGCGAAUUUUAGGGGUCAAGUCAUUAACCACUUACUUAGAAUGUUUAGAAUGUUCAUCAUUAAGCUAAAGCAAAUCAAAGCAGGAAGUUAAAAGAAUACAGUGUCUUCUAAAACUUUAGUGUUCCUAGAGGGGCAAGUACACUUUUGCAUUAUAUUGGUAUAGUUUUUUGUCUUCUGAUGCAUUACUGUCUUUUAUUUCUGUAAUUUUAUAUGUAGUUUGAAACUUUGUAGUGUGUAGCAUUCAUAAAGAAACUCUUAACUGGAAGUUGAAUUAGUGUGGUUUACUUUUAGUGUACAGGGCUUGAGUAAAGACUUGGUGAGACUAUUUGGAUGUAACUUCUCAGAACAGAGAUCAGGCAUGUGGCUACUGUGAGUAUUCAAGAAUUAUAGGAAGCUGAAGCUGUGUCACCCUCUUAAAUUACCUUGGCAUAAUGCUUAAUGAUUGUCAUGGUGAGUGAAUACUAUUAAUGAGCAGAAAAAUAUGGAAUAAAAUUGAUGAGUAUUUUUAGGGCAUUUUAGGGACACUUUAAGGUCAUGUAUGUAGCAUCAGAACAUUUCUAGAGGGAAGCGGAUUUUUAAAGCUAUUUUUAAUUUUGUUCUAUGUGCAGCAGAUCAUUAGAGAUGAACAAUCUGCUAAUGACAUUUUGUUUUAAAAACCUUUGAAUUUAGAAUUCCUGUCUUACUGUUUAGAUUGGAGGAAAUAUAUUAUGUAGCAUAAAAUAUUUCUGUAUAUUAAACUUCAGUUGCAGUGCCUUGCAAAUGUAAAACUUGCUGAUGUAGUUACUGUUUUUUAAUAGAUCAUUGACCCGUCAAUCAGACUCUGACCAUUUCAGAGAUAAAAAGCUUGGCUUUCAUUGGCUGCUAGGAAUAGAGCACCUUUCCACAAAUUAGGAAAUGGUGUAAUAAUUAACAGGUAGAAUGGAUAUGUGCAUUCAGGUUUCAGUUGUAUCUUCAUGAGUUUUAGCUCCUGUUGUCUUCUGUGUAGUUAGUUAACCCACUGUCUGCCCACAGAGAAUUUAACUAUCAGUAUAAAAUGGAUUUUUUUUUGUGGCAGUAGAAUUAUACUAAAAUAAUUGAUAGAUUUUUUUGCUCAAAAAAAUCAAUUGCUGAACAAUUGCUGAAGUGAAUUGUUCUUUCAAACUUUUAUUUAUAACAAGACUUAAAUGAUUUUAGGUACUGAUGAUUCCUAGUACAGGAAGGAGUUUGACAUCUUUGAUCCAAAAAGCCACUUGGAAAUUGCCAAAACAGGUCAUUUAGUAGUGGCCCUAUUACAGGAAUCAGAAAGUUGGCAGACGUCAUUUGCCAUUCCUAAGCUGGAUUAGCUCUCAAAUUUUUUUCUGGUGCUCUCCUCGUCUGCAGAAUUGCCUGUUGAAGCAACUUCUGUUAGCAACAGCACUCCCAAAACAAGUAGCUGUAAUCAGCAUUUUAAGGAACAGUUAUAUUUGUUUCUGCAUAUAUUAAAAUCAUAAUUAUACAGCAGGAGUUUUAAAAACUAAAAGGUCUUCUUUUUGUGUGCUGUGUAAGUGGGCUUAUUUUUAAUUAGCUGGAAAAGCUAGUAAUUUCUUGAGUAGUUUGGUACUACAUAAAUGAAUUAAAGCAAAUCCUAAAUCACCUGCUCAAGCUUUACUGACCUCUUAGUGGUUAUUAAAUAAUUAUUAUUUAUCAGUAAUAGCCUGAAACAGUAGUUUCAUGCCAAAACAGCACGUAAAAUAUUGCAUUUCUAGCAAACUUUAAUUUUAAAUAGCUCUAGUAUUUUAAUCAUUUAGUUGAAACUGUAAUUUUCUGGGAGAUGAAAUGAUCUCCUAACCAUGCUGUGAAGAUUUCUUACAUUUAUUUCAGAUGAGUUAAAAGCAAGUACUGAUUGGUGAAGUCACAUUUGACUGUUUGAUUAGCAAUAGUAAAUGAAGACAAAUAGGUCAAUAAUUAAACUUAAUUUUAACUUCACUAUAAUGUGUUUCCAUGUAUCAGAAUCAGAAACUAGGUGUUGCUGUAAAUUAAUUUUUCUAUGCAAGUUUGACAUAAAUAAGUGCUAAAUAUUUCUAAAAUAAAUUCUCUUUUUAAGAUUUGUACAUCUAUUUUUAUAGGCUUGAAGUAGUUAAGUAGUUUUUUUACCAGUUAAACUAUGAAAUACUCCCAUGAAUUUUACGUGUUUUUAAAAUUGCAAAGAAAAAGUAAAUUUUUUUUUUUUGCAUUUGCUAAUAUUUAUUAUUGUGCUUAUUGCAUAAACCACGGUAUUUAAAGUCAAACUUACACAGCAGUCAAAAAUGUCAAAGAGACCUCAAAUUCAUAUUUUUGUGGGAGCACCCAGGAUUCCGAGGCCAGGGGAGGGGUUAGAGCAAAGCUCAGCCCCCGCUGGUGAGCGGUGGAGGGAGCUGCGCUGUUUGUGUGAUAGCCCUGGGUUUGUUCCUGGGAAGCUCCGGGGUGCUGCUGCCCCCUCGGUGCCCCAUGCAGAAAGCUCCACACCCACAGGGGUCCCUGCCAGUGGGGACAGAGCUCAGCAGGGCAGGCUCGUGGCAAAAGAAGGAGAAGAUUUGCCAUCUCCUGCCCCUGUGGCACUAACUUGUACCAGCACACCUAAAAGGAGCACAAGUUUGACUCGCUCUGAUUGUCAGGAAUCCAAAGGUAGAUUUACACCUGCAGAUGUAAAUCAGGCUGCAGAUCAACACCUGCCCCAGGGCCGUGCAGAAUCAGCUGGACAAGAGGAACCAUCAGGUACCUGCUGCCCAGAGCUCCCUGAGAGAAAAGCCCGUCCUUCAGAAGUUAACAGCUCUGACAUUUCUGCUUUGGUUGCCAGCCCUGAGCAGGUCAGCAUCCAUCUACAGUCUGUGGGACUUCAGGCAGCUCACAGAAGUGAGCAUCAUCAUCAUCGAUGUCAAUGUAUGGAUAUGUUUUUCCAAAAAGGUCAGGAGUCCAAACCAAAAGAGCCAAAUGAGUGUGCAGACUUUGCAGUGUCAGCAGACACUGAGUUUCGUAGUGUAGUGACUUCCAGUCAGGUGGCUGUUUUUGCACAGAAUGAGAUGCAGGAAAGUAUUGUAAAACUAUCAGAAAUAGAAGCAGGCAAAAAAGCUAAAGAAAGACAGUAUGAUCACUUCCAAUGUGAUUCUGGUGUUGGAACAUGUACUACUACUGUGACUGAAAAUGAAUAUGAGGAAGAGGAUGCAAGCUCUCUUGAACUUUUCAGUUCUGAGGAUGAUGGGGAAAAUGUUUCGAUUAAAGCUACAAAACAGGAAGAAAGUGCUCAGGAAAAUGCAGAAAAGUUUCAAGAGCUUAAUGAUCCUGCUGAGCAACUUGUAAAUGAAAUCCAUAUUGAGCCAUUGAGCUCUGAGAUACUGUGCUCUCAAGGGAACUGUUCUCACAAGAACUUUUCUAAAAGACCCCGCAAGCAUGAAGAUUCCUUUCAUCUAUCUCACUCAGCAUUUAAAAGACAGCUGAAAUCCAAGAGAGCUAAACUGAAUUCUUCUCCGCCUGCUUCUGGGGUGAGAGUGGAUCCAGACAGGAUGGCAGAGUUCAAGAAACUCCAAAAGAAACUAUCACUACUUAAGAAUUGCUGCAGCAAAAAUCAAAAGUACAAUAUUUUGGUCGCAGUUGUACAUCCUUGUCAUAUCAAAGAAAUACAGAAGAAGACUAAACCAAAAUCUUCAUGUAAAGUUCCUGUGGCAACAAUUGUUGUUAUUGACCAGUCAGAAACUGAGAGAAAGGUGGUGCUGUGGCGUGGUGCUGCAUUUUGGUCCCUCACUGUGUUUCCUGGGGAUAUCGUACUGCUUACAGAUAUAAUAAUGUAUGAGAAUCCUUGGUGUGGAGAGGUCAUGCUUCAGUCAACAUUUUCCAGUCAGUUACUGAAUCUGGGGAACUGCUCAGCUCUCAAUACAGAAGAAUUUUAUCCUCUAGUGGAUGAUGGUGUUCUGCGUGGCUUAUUGGCAUACAUAUCAUCAGAAUUUCCACACUUCAGAGACAUUCCACAAAGACAAGUUCAGAGACUGGAUGAUGUUCGGUAUGUGCAGCUACAUCAGCUCCAGCCCAAUACUUUGGUGCACUCAAUCCUGAAAAUUAUCAAUAUUUCUGUGUUAACAGAAUCUGUGUACAGCUACAGAGGUGGCAGCCAAAAAAAAAUUAUUCUAACUGUAGAACAGAACAGAGAUCAACACUAUAGGAUGGUUCUGUGGGGAGCAGGGGCUGCCUGGUACCCACAGCUUCAGAGGAAAAAAGACCACAUAUGGGACUUCAAGUACCUUUUGGUCCAGUGUAGUUCUGUCUCAGGUGACUUGGAACUGCACACAACCCCGUGGUCAUCCUAUGAAUGCUUGUUUGAUGAUGAUAAAAGGGCAGUUGAAUUUAAAGAAAAAUUUCAGAAAAGUCAAACAUCCCUCAUGGGGUUGACAAGGCUCUCUGCACUCCUGGAAGAAAAAUGCUCAGGAGUGGUUCAAGUGAAAGCCCAUAUCUUGGAAUUGAAAUUUACCAUUUCCACUGGUCAGUACAAGCAAAUCAUCUUCUCCGCUGACACUUCACUGGAAUGUGUUUUGGCUUCUCUGUCUAUGAUUACAUAUUCAGGUUGUGCCAAAUGUGGUUUGGAGCUACAGGCAGAUGAGAACAUGAUCUAUAAGCAGUGUAUUAGAUGUCUGCCAUACAGCAAAGUAAAAACAUUCUACAGACCUGCUUUGAUGACAGUAGAAGAUGAAGGAUAUGAAAUUUAUGUUCAUGUGGUGUCUGAGUUGGUGGAAAAAAUCUUCCUCAAUAUUCCUGCAGACUGGCUGAAGAGAUUAGUAGUGCCCUCUUCAGAUAUAACCUACAGCACAAUAGUGGCAGAUCUGUGUCAUGCACUGCUGGCAGAUACUGAAGCAUCCUAUUUGUUGGAAAUCAGAAGCCACUUCGUGCUAGAUGAGAACAGCUAUCCUUUGCAAAAGGAUUUCCACCUGCUGAAUUUUCAUCCUGAUCUUUGACCUCUACACUGAGUAACAAAGACCAUAAGGACACACAGAUGGGAAGCAGAAGAAAAAUUACUUAGCUGAAGGGAGCAAAUCUCUUCAAAAAACUAUAAUAAAGAAUUUUGGUUUUAACUUAUGAAAAAAGCAAAACUGUCAAAAGGAUUGGUUCGGAAUAUCUGCUAAUAGUAUAUACUGCUGGAGUAACACUGAUGAAUUUUCAUGAAAUAUAUUUUUAUACGUGCAUAUUUGUGUUAAUAAUUAUGUUAAUAAACUCCAACAAUUUCUUCUGUA